UAUGGACCAAACUGUUAAAAGUGAUAAGAAAGCCCAGUAGGCUUGAAUUUUGGUACCCGGAGGAGUGUUAGCAUUUCAGCAGCCUGAGUUUGUAGGCAUUCAUCGCCGCCGAUCUGUAAUGUCUCGGCUUGAACGCCGCGAUUCUGAUCCCAGACGCCACCGGUCUCGAUUCGAUCAAGAACCGAGCCCAAAGAGAUCUAGGCGGGAUAGUAAACCAGAAAAUGAGAGGCACCCCACAAACAAUUCUUCAGAUGUUAGGAAAAAUUCAGAUCGAGAACGAAAUCACCAACAUCAAUUGCGAGAUGCAGUGUCUCAUGAGGCACCAUCUAGACAGGAAUAUAGGACAGAAAGAACUGCAAGAAAGGUAUCUGACCAGAGGAGGGAUGUUCACAUAGAAGGAACCAAACAUUCUUCUGAUCCAUCAGAAUUACCUCAGCAUCAAUCUGCCAAACAUUCUACAGAUCAAGCAGAAGCACCCCGCUCUCGGACGUACUUUCAGCACGAUGAACGUGGUAAUGCCGGGCAAGCUGGUCGAAGCUCAAGGCGAAGAGAGUCAGAUGGGCAUGGCCAAUGGAGGGAUGCCAAGGAGCAGGUGAACAGGAAAACAAGUAAUGAUACAUUGCCGAUGGAUCAGAAAGCCAAAGUUCAUGGAAAAGAAACUGAUUCUUGGCGCCAUGAUGGGUACUAUGAGUUAGAAACAAAUCCAAAGCCACCUGCAAAGAAAAGAUCAUUUAGAGAGGAAAAGAUCUCUGCAGAUCCUGAGAAAGUUGAGAAAGGGGAAACAGAGGCAGCUAAGCCUAACUCCUCCAACCGCCCUGUACAUGUUGAAAGAAGAAAUGAGAAAAGCAGCUACGUUUCUCAUCAUCCAGACCAAGCUGAGAAGCAAUUCAGUGGGGAUAGAUCAGCAAACAGGAGUGGGACAUGGAGGGGGAAGUUCCCUUCAAGACCAGGUAGUAGGUACUAUGAGAGCGGUAAUUUUAGGGGAAGAGACAAAGUGGGUUCAAGGCCAAGCUAUCGUUCAAACAAGAGUGUUGAGAAGUGGAAACAUGAUCUUUUCAAUGGAGCGAACAAGAGUCCUCCCCCACAGAAGGAAGAAGAUCAGAUUGCCAAAAUUGAAGCACUUCUGGCUUCAUAAUUGCCACAGUUGUUGGUAUUCACCUUUUCCUUUACAAUUCCAUUGAAGAGAAUAUUGUGUAGGCAAAGACCAACUAGCGUGUUUUAUUCACCCACAGGCUGAAAGCCUUUUCUAUUGCUCUCUACUGAAGCUAAUUAUAUCAAGUUGUGUACUUUGUUAAAUCAGUAAAAUGUUAACCGUAGCAGCCAGCUUAAAUUCUGGCAGCUGUUUUUUUGUUUUUCAAA